AUGGCACCUGUUACCAAAGCUCGCAAAACUCAAGGCACAACAACCAGGCCUUCCUCGCGAUAUAAUGAUUCAUUCGAUCUGAAAUACACCACUGCACCCACUUCACAAAGCCUUGAUGCACCGACAACGAAGCCCAUAUUGAAUUCCUAUAUCGACGACAGCAAUCAAUAUUCCACCACAUCCCUGAAGCGCAAGCGUUCGUCAUCUCCUCCCAGCAGUCCAAGGUUCUCGACUGGCAUCAACAGUGACUCUGCUUCAACUUGUGGAUUCCUCGAACUAAGCCCAGUACACCGAGAUCCGCUACCCAUGACCCUGACUGUCGAAGUUCCGCCUGGCCAUGAAGGACCCCUAGUCGUAGAUCUUGACAUCAAGUCUUUGCUUGCCCAAGCCCAGUCUUUGACACGCCCACUUUCGGCAUCUCUCUCUCCACGCUCUAACUCAUGUGCGGAUUCUGGUUAUUCGAGUACAUCAAGCGUUACCUCAGAAAUCAGUAAACCCAGCACAACCUCGAAACGCAGCUUUCUGGACCUGCCAGCCGAAAUCCGCAAUCAGAUCUAUCGACUCGCCUUUGUCUCGGACGAAAAUUUGGACUUUGCAUAUCCCAACAACUUCAGUCGAUCUUCUUCAUUACUUCAGACCUGUCGUCAGAUUCAUGAGGAAGGUCGCAGUAUUCUAUACUCAGAGAACACCUUCUACUUUCAGCGCCGUAAGAAGGAGCAAGCUGUCCGCUGGAGUACGGACGUUUACGAAAUUGGCUACAAGGAUAUCCGAUUCUUUCUCAAAAGCAUUGGCCUUGCUAAUGUCAGUCUGCUUCGCCGGGUCAUCAUCAUGUUUGAAGAUGCUCAACCUUCAAUGAACACCCAUCUCAAGGACGCCGACGAGCGAAGAUUCACUAACGACAACGAGCUGAUGGACAUACUUCGCAUACUUGGUGAUCACACCAUGCUCAAGACCUUAGACCUGUGCUUCCAAGGACGACGGACGUUUUACAACAAAGACGAAACGCAUUUUAUCCAACAUCUUACAAGGAUCAAAGCGGAUCAGGUCCAAUGUAUCAACAACCCGGAUACACCGUUCUCUAACUGGAAGGGCCUUUCAAAAAUUGCUUCGGCAGAUGCAGGUCGUCUCAUACAUGAGAUGACACGACGAGUCACGAUCUUUCGCUGA